GUCAGGCCUGCUCUUCUCUAGCCUGCGGGGACAAGAAGAAGACACUAAGUUGUGUUAGGGACAACAUUAACUUCUUAAAGAGUAUUUUAGUUGCCCUUCUACCCCGCUAUCACCAGGCAUUGAGAAGAGGAGUUCUUGCAACGAACAGGUGACGAUAACCAUGAAAUGGUGCUGGGUGUUUUUAGGGGUCUUCGCCUCUUUGGGGACCCUGUCCUGGGGAGAGAAGGGCUUGGAGAUCCCUGAGUAUGAUGGCAAAGACCGUGUCCAUGAACUCAGUGCCAAGAACUACAAGUCCAUCAUGAAGAAGUAUGACGUAAUGGUGCUUUACUACCACAAAAAUGUGGAUGGGAAUCGCAGUGCCAUGAAGCAGUUGCAGAUAGAGGAGCUUGCCCUGGAGUUGAUCACAAGUCAAGCAGCAUUUAUCUAUCAGCUUGCAGCCCAAGUUCUGGAUGAUUUUGAUGAUGAGGACAUUGGGUUUGGCUUGGUGGAUGAAAAGAAUGAUGCAACUGUUGCCAAGAAGCUUGGUCUGGAUGAAGUGGAGAGUAUCUACAUCUUUGCCGAUAACGAGAUUAUUGAGUAUGAUGGAGAGCUGGCUGCCGACACCUUGGUUGAGUUUCUUUAUGAUGUGAUUGAAGAUCCCGUGGAGAUCAUUGGCAACGACCGUGAGCUUAAGGGUUUCCACAACAUGGAUGAGGUCAUCAGGCUUGUCGGCUACUUCAAGAGUGAAAAAUCUUCUCAUUUCACUGAGUAUAAAGAUGCUGCUGAGGAGUUCCACCCUUUCGUCAAAUUCUAUGCCACAUUUGACCCCAAGAUUGCCAAGAAGCUGAAACUGAAGAUCAAUGAGGUUGAUUUCUAUGAGCCAUUUAUGGAUGAACCUGUCCCUAUUCCAGGAAAGCCCUACAUCCAGUCUGAGAUUGUUGAAUUCAUUGAGCAGCAUGAUAGGCCCACUCUGAGGAAACUUGAGCCUUACAGCAUGUAUGAGAUCUGGGAGGAUGACAUUGAUGGAGAACACAUUGUUGCCUUUGCUGAGGAGGAUGACCCAGAUGGCUUUGAAUUCCUGGAAAUUCUCAAAGAAGUGGCACGUGAUAACACUGAUAACCCUAACCUCAGCAUCAUCUGGAUUGAUCCUGAUAAUUUCCCUCUGCUGGUUCCAUACUGGGAAAAAACCUUCCGCAUUGACCUCUCUUCUCCUCAGAUUGGUGUAGUUGAUGUUGAGGAUGCUGACAGCGUGUGGAUGGAAAUGGAUGAUGACGAUGACAUGCCAACAGCUGAUGAGCUCGAAAAGUGGAUCGAGGAUGUUCUGUCUGGAAAGAUUGAUCCAGAUAAUGAUGACGAUGACGAUGAUGAUGAUGAUGAUGACGACGAUGAUGACGAUGAUGAUGAUGAUGAUGACGACGACGAUGAUGAUGAUGACGAUGACGACGAUGACGAAUAAAUGUUUUCUACUAUGUUUAAUUUCACUAUGAUUAAGCCUCUAAUGGCAGAACACAAAUGUAGUACCAGUUUUUUCUAACAUCAUGUGGGGAAUCCCCCCCCACAGGUUUCCUACUGGGGACAAAUGUUAUGACCUUAUGGGGCACUUUAUGAUGUCAGAUAGAAAAGGAGAUUUUCAGAGAUUACGGUCUUUGCUGAUGAACAGGUUGCAGAUUAAAAUGUUACAGUAUUUACUGUAUGCCCUUUGACUGCAUAAAAUGGUAAUGACUCAAACUGUUCACAGUGAAUGUGAGUAUAACUUAAUGUUAUAGACUGUGGUUAUAGACUGUUAUAGACUGUGGUUCACCCAUUUCUCAUUUUCUCUAGUAUACUGUAAGCCUGUUUCUAAUGACAUGUUUUCUACUUGAGGACAAGAAACACUUUCUUAUAAAGUUUUUAAAGAAAAUAAAGGUAAAGAUACUUGACAGUC